AUGCGUAAAUCCCGCUAUUUACUUGAUCGAGAUUUGAAAGAUAAAUUUGCUGCUCAAACAAUCGAUGAACACGCAAUUGAUUUAAGUGUAACAAGUCCAUCGCUUUAUCUGAAAGAAGGUGUUGCCAAUAUCGAUCCUCGUUCGGUUUCGGAACCUUUUUGGGAAGAUUACACUGAUAAAAACAUCAAGAAUGCCGAAGCACAACGACUCAACGCUGUUCAAUUACGUAAUGUCACCGAUGGUAUUUUGAAGAAACUCGUUGCUGAUAUGAAACAGGCUGUGGAAAAGACACGUCGUUCAUUCGAUCGACGCAUCUUCGAAUCGAAACAAGCGAAACAAAAACUCGAAGAUCAAUUACGUGAUGUUAAUCUGCUCAUCGAUCAAUUGGAGGAAAGUAUUAAAAAUACAGAGAAAGCCAUUCGUGAUAAGGAACAAUACUUGAAAUUGGCUCAUACACGUCUUGACACGCGAAAUAAACGUGCCAACGUUGAGCUCGUCUAUGAUCCUGCACAGAAACGUCUUAUCGAAGAAAUCCGAGAAAUUGAAUGUGAAAUACAACGACUUCAAGAACGGUUGGAUGAAUCCCAUGUUCGUCUUCGCAACUUAGACCGUGAUAAAUUAAUCUUAGAAAAAGAUAUCGAAACCAAAACCAAUACGAUCUUUGUCGAUGAAGUCGAAUGUCACGAAGGUUUAAGAAAAUCCAUUUUAAUCGAAGAUUGGUAA